GACAGCCAGGGGGUGGGGGCCCCUGGGUGAGGAGAAGGAAGCAACCAACCAACCAAGUCGCCCCCACCCCCUACCCCAACCCCCACCCACCGCGGAUCUGGUUUACGGCUUGGAGCGCAGGCUCCAGUGCGGCAGCUGAUUGGUUGUCGAAGGCUUGGUCCCAUCCCAGUGACCCCAAAGUGCUGGAAGGAGGGGGCGGGGGUGGCCCAGUGCAAAGUGCAUCCCGAAAGCCCCCUGUCGGGACACCCCGCUGCUGACACUUCGGACCUGGUACGAUUGGUGUCUCUCUGUCCCCAGACCUCUUGAGUCCCUCGGUAGCUGAAAGCCUCCGGCCCGGCGCGCAGCAGACCCUUGGUCUGAGCCCCUGGACCGGGACUGCCCCCCCACCCCUCCGAGCCGGCACUUCCUCCCAGCACCCCUUCCCGGAGGCUGCUCCGAGGCCAAGACCGCCACCCCCAGCCUGAUCGACUAUCUGGAUGCUCACCGGGCUGGGGCCGUGAAGCACUGAGGAGGAUCAGGAACACGGUGUCCGGCCCUGCCUGGGGUGUUUCUUCAAUGGAGAAGUUGGUGAAUGUGGAGGAGGCUGAAAGGAGAGAGAGGAGCUGCAGCUGAGGAGACAGGUUUGAGCUGGUUGGAAGACACUCCCGAGCAGAAGGGGUCUGGCCACCCACCAGAGGAGCAAUAAGCAGAGUGCUUUGGACCAGCAUCCCCUCCAAAGGUGAAGAAGACUACUCCCCUGAGGCCGGGGUACACUGGGAACCCUUCCUACCAUGCUGCAUGCACGCCAUGGUUAUUAGACAACCUGUCCACCGAGAGAAGAGACAUUCUUCUAUAAGCCAAGAGACUGAAUUUCAAGGAAGUAAUUAAGUGAAGAAUCAAAAGGAAACUUGCUUAUUAAGAGAACAAAUUAUCAAGAAAUUUCUCAUUUCCCAAUUUUCUCUGAGGAAACAGCUAUUUGAGGCUGCCUCCCGUGACCUAAUGUCUGGUUGGUGAAAAGCAGACUCUGCUAGGAUGUUACACCACCACUGCCGGAGGAACCCUGAGCUCCAGGAAGAACUGCAGAUUCAGGCUGCAGUGGCGGCCGGGGAUGUUCACACAGUACGAAAGAUGUUGGAACAAGGCUAUUCCCCAAAUGGCCGAGAUGCCAAUGGCUGGACCUUGCUCCAUUUCUCUGCAGCAAGAGGAAAGGAGAGGUGUGUUCGAGUGUUUCUGGAACACGGAGCUGAUCCCACGGUUAAGGAUUUAAUCGGAGGCUUCACCGCUCUGCACUACGCAGCCAUGCACGGCCGGGCCCGGAUCGCACGCCUGAUGCUAGAGUCUGAAUACAGGAGUGACAUUAUUAAUGCAAAAAGCAAUGAUGGCUGGACUCCCCUCCAUGUGGCUGCCCACUACGGUAGGGACUCAUUUGUCCGGCUCCUCCUGGAGUUCAAGGCCGAGGUCGACCCGCUCAGUGAUAAAGGAACAACGCCACUUCAGCUUGCUAUCAUCCGAGAGAGGUCGAGCUGUGUGAGAAUCCUUCUGGACCACAGUGCCAACAUCGACAUCCAGAAUGGGUUCCUGCUGCGCUAUGCUGUGAUCAAAAGCAACCAUUCUUACUGCCGCAUGUUUCUUCAGAGAGGAGCAGACACAAACUUGGGGCGCCUAGAAGACGGACAGACUCCUUUGCACUUGUCUGCCCUCCGUGAUGACGUGCUCUGCGCACGGAUGCUGUAUAACUAUGGAGCGGACACGAACACAAGGAACUAUGAAGGUCAGACCCCACUGGCCGUUUCCAUAAGUAUUUCAGGAAGUAGUCGGCCGUGUUUGGAUUUCUUACAAGACGUCACAAGACAGCCCAGAACCCUGCAGGACCUGUGCCGAAUUAAAAUUCGACAGUGUAUAGGCCUUCAAAACCUGAAGCUGCUUGAUGAACUACCAAUUGCCAAGGUCAUGAAAGACUACUUAAAACACAAAUUUGAUGAUAUCUGAUAUAUCCGGACUGUGAGCGAGAGUAAGAGUUAUUCCAGACACUUAAAAGGCCUCGGGCCUCGCACAGAGUAUAUCCUAUGCAAUUUCUGAUUUGUGCUCAAGUCAGAAAGCAGGUAUACACUUUUAGGUUUUUGUUUGUUUGGAUUUCAUUUUGGGGAGGGAUCUUUAUAUAUAUAUGUGUGUGUGCACAUGUGUGUGUGUGUGCAUGUGUGUGUGUGUAUGUGUGUGUGCACAUACACACGCACACACACCUCAUGCUUGAAGGUCUUAAUUUGGUUUCUUGGUCCAAGUCGAUGAGGUCUAAGCCUUUCUAUACAAUGCUGCAUUUAGAAAACUUUUCUCCUAAAUGCACAACAUAGACAGGCUUGAAGCAGAGAAUUUUCCCUUUCGAUGCUCUGGUUUCACUGCAAACAAGGUACUAGGAACCAGUAGACAGAACACCUCUUAAAGUUUGGAGGUCUCAGGCUCACCUCUGGUGAUCCUGGGUGACCUGGAAAAUUCUCUGUGAAGAAACUAGCAGUGAUGCUGUCGCCUCAUUCAUUUUUAAUGAGUACAGAUGAGCUGUUUAAAAAUCCUUUUCCCUUCUAAUUAAUGUAGCUUUCUGAUGAAAAAGCAAACCCAGUACCUCUGCUUCCUUUGCUGUGCGCUUAUUUGUAAAUUAUUUUUUUAACAACUGUAAGACACUACCCUGAGACAUUGUGUUUCAACCUCUCUCCCCCUCUCCUUCCUCCCCCCCCUUUCCCUUAUUGAAUUGUGCUUUUAAAAAAAAUCAAUGGGAAAAGAAAUUAACUUUUUAAAGCCAGUGUAUUGUUUUUUGGUUUUGUUUUUUAUUUUGUUUUUUAAAAAAAAAAUGGUGCCUCUUGUGCAACUCUCUCGGUGUAGUCUCUGGAUGGUUUUGCUCUUCCCAUUCCUCAGCUGUCUUCUCAUGCCCCUCAGAGCCGUAACCACCAUCUCCAUCCCACAGCGGGCCACCAGUGUCACCACCUCCAUCCCACAGCAGGCCACCAGUGUCACCUCAGUUUCCAUUUUAAGCUUGGUGUUUUAUUUCACCCUAAGGAACAAAUUUCAUAUCUUGGUAAUAAGUGUUCUCUAGAAAUAGCCCACAUUCUUGCUAAGCCAUUCUAUUUUAAUGAUUAAAUAAUUUGGGGUGGUUUCAUGGUGGAUUUUUUCGCCUUUCUAGUAAUAUGUAUACGUAUAUAUUUUAAGGGGAAAGUCUCUAAUGGGCACCCUUUUAUAAGACUGGCAAAUUGCUGAUAUGCUAAUGAGAUAUUUCCUGUCUAUUUUGAAGGUGAGUACAGUAAAGCUCUUCAAGACAAAUAUUUUACUUUCUGGGUUGAUUGGCCAAGUAUGUGCAAGAAAGACCCAGAUGCAGUAAAAUGUUAGUAGCAAGGGGGAAGGUCCCGUAGGCAGUAGGCACCAGGGAUGUUCCUGUGGACCCAUGCUCACUGCUUCAUUUGACAUUAUGUUAGUUUGAGGAGAGCCUUUUUAAGUCCCCCACGCCAUUCUUAGUGCUGUGACAAAUUUUUUAAAUAUUUAUAAACUGUUAAUAAAUUUGCUAUCAAAAGGUUGCAAGAUAAGGGCUUCUCCUUUCUUGUCGGAAUUGCUAGUUUGAGGGCAUAGAGUGUAAAGUCUUAGUGUAAUUAAGCAGAAUUAGGUUUCUCCAAGUUCAGGCCAGCAAUGCUCUGCACUCAUGCCCAGAGUUUUCCUCUUAGCCACAGAGUAACUGUGACAUCAGAGCAUAGGAUCUGCAUGUGCCUCAGUGGCACAAGGAUUCCUGAAAGUCGGCAGGAUGAUUCAGGGACUCGCUGAUGUGGCCCAUAGCCUCCUUCAGCAGGGAGUGUGUGGGACCCAGAGGAUAGGGACGGGUGUUGUGACCCUGUCUGAAAGGUUAUCUCCAUGGAGAUUUCCCUUCUAAGACAGCUACAGAGCUGUGUUCUCAUUCUUUAUUCAGGGCUCAGGUCAAGGCUGGAGACUCACUAACAGCCUUAGGGACACAGAAUGACCAGAAAUUACUUGAGUGUAACUUCUGUUAGAACCCCAGCCCAGCAUGGGAAGUGGUGGGAGGGAGCCUGGAGUCUGGACUCUGAGCUGCCAUGUUAGUGUCCAAUUGCACAGGACCCGGACAUGUAAAUUAAUGUAUUUAGUAAGUUAAAAAUGACAUUCACUUUCCAGCUAGUCAGAGGGUUCUGAACUAAGCCACUGAAAUUGAAUCAGGGAAUCCCAAGUAAAAAGAUCAUAUUAAGGCAAAUUCUUUGUGCUGUUUGCUGCUGUGACUUCAAAAAAAAAAAAAAAAAAAUCCUGAGUGCUCUUCCUGGAAUUGAAAAUUCUAUUUAAUGAAGAAGUGUAUAAUUCCAUUAUUUAUUGUUUGUGGUUUGAUUUAUCUGGAAGCUUAAGAGAAUGUCCUUUGUUUGUCACUAGAACCCCAGUCAUGUACUGUAUCUGACGGUAACUGAAGUGCGUGCAGUUGCUAUUGUGGUUGUGAUGAGCAUGCGGGUCUGCACUUGGAUUUGGUUAUCCGAGGAGCAGUCUGUGGCCGCGAGGAGAGAAAACAGCUCUUUCAAAAGCUCAGCCUGUUGGCCUUUCCAGAAUCUUGACUCAAAAUUCACCACUGGUUCUUUUGCGCUUGUUUUGAAAUUUAUUAUUUAGCCUAUUACUAAAACUUUAUAAAAUGCAUUUGGCAAAUACACCAAAGAAACCAGCUCAUAAAAUAUGAUCAUUAAUGAACUGCAAACCUCAUCUUUUGAAAACAAGGGUGUUUCUUUGUAAAUAUUUGUGUUUAUAAAUGUACAGCAGAGUUAAGAGUGUUUUUUUAGAUUAUUUAAUUCCCAUAUUUCUAAACUAUUUACUACAGAAUAACCCUGCUCAUUAGUUUGGAUGACUUGAUUGUUUGGUUUUGUUUUGUUUUUAAUUCAUUAUCAGUCAUGCUUGGACCGACGUUUCUGCUGGAGAAGUCAGCAUUCCGGCAGUGGCAGGAGUCACUUCUGGAGCAUGGGGGAGGCUAGCAUGACCUGUCAGACUCCCCCCUCGUAAGACACCAGAAAAGCGUAGCUUAAUCACCAGAGUGGACCAUGCGAAAGAGUUUCUAACUUCCCCCUGAAUCACCCAUUAGCCCAGGAUGGGGUUGGGACAAGACCAUUUGCCCACAAAUUUAGCUUCCAUGUAACUCCCAGUGUGUUGUAUCAUAAUAUAUUCUGUUCUUUCUUUGUAAUGUAAGUUUUGCUUUGGGUCGAUUUGAAUUAAAAAAAAAAUCUUAAAUCUGGUUUAAAAAAAA